AUGAGUGAACAGCGACAAUCAUGUCGAUUGGAUUGGGCUGAAUCAUCAUGGACAAGAUGGAUGCAGAUUCUACUAUUUUCAUGGAUAACGCCUAUUCUCUCCUUGGGUAAUAAACGCACACUUAUUGAGAACGAUCUUAAUGAUCUUUCUACCAACGAUAAAUGUUCAGUCUUGUUGAACAGAGUAAAUCAGUAUAGUUCUAAAUGGCAAGGUACAUGGCAUGUACUCAAUCGAACAUUUUACAAAGAUUUUCUAAUGAGCAUAUUACUCGUUUUUCCACUUGUAAUAGCUCAUAUUGCACAGCCAUUGCUUAUUCGUCAUAUUGUUCUCUACAUUAAAGGUCAAUCAAGAUUACCUGCAUAUGCUGGUUAUCUAUUUGCUAUUGCUCUUUGCAGUUCCGCAAUUGUACAAGCCAUUAUUCCUCAACAAAUCUUCUUUAGAAAUACUCACAUAGGUAUGCGAGUUCGCAAUACAUUAUCAUCUAUCAUCUAUAAGCGCUUGUUGACCAUCAAUACUGCAGCUCUUCACAAGACUACUGCUGCUCAAAUAAUUAAUUUAGUAGCAAAUGAUGUCGGUACUAUCGGUGCUGGCAAGUCAACCCUAUUAGCUGCUAUUCUUGGUGAGAUCAAUCUUGUCAGUGGAAAACUAGAACUAUAUGUUAAUUCAAUUUCGUACGCUCCACAAUCGGCGUGGAUCUUUGCUGACACUAUUCGAGCUAAUAUUCUUCUUGGCAAACCAAUGGAUGAAGAACGUUACGAGAAUGUAAUAAAGGCAUGUUGUCUUGAUAUUGAUCUACAGAAUUUCGGUGAAGUCGGUGAUUUAUUGAUGAUUGGUGACAAGGGUAUCAAUUUGAGUGGAGGACAAAAAGCUCGAAUAUCGCUCGCUCGCGCUCUUUACGCUGAUGCUGACUUAUAUUUACUCGACGAUCCACUUGCUGCCGUUGAUCCAAAGGUGGCAAAGAACAUUUUUGAUCAAUGCAUCGGUCCCUAUAGUAUCCUUCGUGGAAAGACUCGAAUAUUAGUUACACAUCAGACACAUUUUUUCGUUGAAGCAGAUCAAAUGAUUCUCUUGACGAAUGGUCAUAUUGACGAAUUACAUAUUGAACAACAACCUGAAAUUGAGUCGUCGAAUAAUACAUCAGAAACAGAUUUAUCUAACAACAAUGAGACAGAUUGGGCACUUAACAGUGCUAUGACUGAUAUGAAUUCGAUUGUAAAGAAUGAGACAUCAGUUGAUGGUGCCAUCAAGUGGAAUGUUUGGCUACAGCUGUUUACUUCGCCACCUUUACGUUGGUUUGGCUUUUUUCUUAUGAUAAUUUUUAUGCUUGGUAAUGAAGCUCUGUAUGACUUUGCAAAUAAUUGGCUCGCUCUGUGGUCUGGUAAAGAUAAAAUCGAACAACGAUCACCAUUUUAUGCUUAUAUCUAUGUUGGAGCUAUAGUUACUACAUUGAUCGUUGCAUUAAUACGUGCCGGCUAUGUCUUUUAUAUCAUAUUACGUGGUUCAACCUAUUUUCAUAAUCGAAUGCUCAAAGGUAUCUUGUAUACUUCGUUACGUUUCUUUGAAAGUAAUCCAAGUGGACGAAUAUUGAAUCGAGCAAGCAAAGAUCAACAAGUGUUAGAUGAAUUGUUACCUCUGACUUUAAGUGAUACUAUGCAAUAUUUACUAAUGACUCUUGGUUCUAUCGCAAUCAUUGGAAUAACUAACCCAUGGGUGCUUCUAAUUCUCAUUCCUUUAGCUCCCACAGUUUUGUGGCUUCGCAGAUUUUACAUGCGUUCGAGUCGUCAACUCAAACGACUCGAAAGUGCAACGCGUAGUCCAAUUUAUACAUUGUUCUCGUCGUCAGUAGAUGGACUCACUAGUAUUCGUGCGUUUGAUGUUCAAGGCGAUUUUUUGAAUAUGUUCAUGGAAAGAAUUGAUACUAAUUCACGAGCUUACUUCAUUCUCUUGGGCACUGUACGUUGGUUCGGUUUACGACUCGAUCUUUUAGCAUCCUUACUCACUUUGGUUACCGCUAUUCUUGCAGUAGCAUUGCGCCAUCAAAUCGAUCCAUCGGCAGCAGCACUCAGUAUCAGCUAUUGUAUCACUUUAACAGGUCUGUUUCAAUGGUGUAUACGACAAUCAGCCGAAGCUGAAAAUUUCAUGACCAGUGCAGAACGUAUUCAUGAAUAUGGUCAACUAGUGCCAGAAAGCCAUCGGAACAGUAAUGAAAGCGGUACACUCGUUCAACCGGCAGAUGAUUGGCCUUCUCGUGGUGUUAUCGAAUUUAAAGAUUACACUUUUCGUUAUCGACCAGAGCUCGAUCCUGUGCUCAAAAAUCUCAAUCUACGAAUCGAAUCCAAAGAAAAGAUUGGAAUUAUUGGUCGAACAGGUGCCGGAAAGUCAUCACUUCUUCAAGCUCUCUUUCAACUUGUUGAUCGGUCAGCAAUUAACGGAACUAUUCUCAUCGAUGACAUCGAUAUUGGACGUGUUUCACUCAAUCAUCUUCGUUCUCAUCUAAGUGUUAUUCCACAAGUACCCAUACUCUUCUGUGGCACACUUCGAUACAAUAUUGAUCCAUUCGAACAAUUCUCUGAUGAAGAAUGUCUUACAGCACUUGAAGCUGUUCAACUCAAACAAUUGGCUACUCCAUGUGCAUGCUCGAUAAACCAAAUAACACCGCAAUAUUUCUUUCAAGAAGCAUCAUGGCCAUUAAUAGCAGAAAUAUUCGAGGAACGUUUGUCUUUUUUGGCACGACAUCGUGCUUCGGGUGAAAUCAUUGCUGCUAUUUUUGCCAAUGACCUUUAUGUUGCGCGUAAGAAACAUCCAUAUAAUGCCGCUAGUUCUCCAGCAGCAAUUCCUUUUACAGAUUUACUCGAUGAAAUGGAUGACAUUUUUGUUUGUCACGACUUUGGCCAAGAAUUGAAGCCUAACAUGGUCUUACAUAUUACAAUAGGUGCAACACGAGCUGCCCAUGCUGGCAAAGGUGUAGCUGGUCGAUUGCGUGCAGCUAUGUGUAAUCAUGCUCGAGACACAAAAGGAUUUCAAUAUGCACUUGUCCAGGUAUCAAAUCCGGCAACGCGUCAUAUCUAUAGAGAAAAGAUGUGUGGAAAAGAAUUGACAAUCAUCGAUCCAAGAACAUGGGUGUGGAAAAAGAAAGAUGAUGGAUUAUCAUGUCCAUACAAGGACUAUGAAGGUGGAUCUAUACCGAAUAUUCUUCUAAAGCUGACACCAACUGAAGGGAAGUAA